UAAUUGUGUGCAGCACGCGAGCAUUGUAUAUAAAAUUACUAGAACAACAACAAAAACCCUCUCUAAAACCCUGUGGUUCUCGAAUGACCUAAUUAUUUAGAACAAUAACAAAAUCCAGCAACUCCUUGAUCAUGAAUCCUCAUCAUAAUUCCAACCAAAAUCCAGCAACUCCUUCCGCAGCUCAACAGGUUAACUCUGUCACUAAUCAGCAAACCUGCAAUGGAAAUGUUGGAGGAUUAUUGCCCAAUAACAGACCAAUCGCACCUCCAUCUUGUUUCAUGAAUUUCCCUAAUCAGCCCUUUCCCUUGCAAAAUACUAUGGCUCAAUACCCUACUGGUUUUCCUGGAUUCAAUCCACAGCAGAAUUUUAAUCCCUUUCCUGUAAACCAGUUUAAUCCUUCUCAGUUCUUUCCUAACAAUUCCAUGAAUCGUCCUGUAUACAACCCAAAUGUUGCUUUACCUAAUGAGCAAGUGAUUAUGCAGAAUACGAUCCAAAAUAUCUAUCAGCUUCUUCAAUUACAAUCACAAUCACAGAACCCCAAUUAUCCCCAAUGUCCUCCUGGUAAUUUCCCCAUGUUCCAGAACCAGAUUCCAAAUGUUAUGAGUCAUCAAAACCCUGGAUUUCUUCCAAAUCAGCAGUUUGGCAUGCCUAAUUUCAAUGGCCCCUUGCAACAUGCUAAUCAAGGGCAACAAUUACAAGGGAACCCGUUUCUACCUCAUGCUCCUAAUUCAGUUCAACCACAGCAAUCACCAAAUCUCCUUUUACAGAACCAGAUUCCUCAAGGUGUGGUUCCUCAAAAUCACAACUUUCUUCCAAAUCAGAUGAAUCCAAGUGGGCCCAUGCAACAUGCUAAUCAAGGACAAAAAGGUCAACAAGGGACCUCAAUUUUACCCCAGAAACCUUCUCCUACAGUCUCAAAUUUUCAGGAGAAACAUGGAAACAACAUUAAUGGUGGAUGGACUUCUCCACGCAAGAACUUCACAGGAGAUAAAAAGAAUGACGCCUCACAAUCACAUAAAGGAUUCAAGUCUCAGUUUCAUCAUGGAAAACAUGCCUACAAUGGCAAUAUGAAUCAAGCAGAGGGUAAGAAAAAUGCUGCAGUAAAUUCUAGGCAUCAAAAUUCCAUUUCCACCAAGUUUGAAAAAAAGGUACCCUCUCUGAAGUAUACAGAGCAAGAAAUUAAGCAGUGGCGUGAGGCUCGUAAGAAGCAUUAUCCCACAAAUGUCAACAAAUCCAAGGAAGAAGAGGCAUCCGUAUUACGUCGUCAGCAAUUGAAGGAAAUAUUGACAAAACAGGCGGAACUAGGCUGUGAAGUAGCCGAUAUUCCAUCGCAUUAUUUAUCGGGUCCUGAAAAACACAUCCAAAAACACGAAAAGGAACGAUUCAAAAAAGGAAAAUUCCAAAAGAAAAGAGGAAAUAAAUUUCAAAAUGAUCGAAUCACCAAGAAAACAAGAUCAGAAAACCCUAAUAAGCCAAACGAGAACAAGCGGGACCCAUCACUUUUACAAAAACUUUUGACAAAAGACAUCAAGAGAGACCAAAACCAUCUUUUACAGGUUUUCCGGUUCAUGGUGGUCAACUCUUUCUUCUCCGGUCAACCGGAAAAGCCUUUGAGAUUUCCGGAUGUAAUUGUGAGAGAAACGGGUCCCGGUGUCGCCGGAGAAGUCACCGGAGAAGUCGCCGGAGAACUGGAUAGUUUGGUUGUUGAAGGUGGCGAGAAGGUGGUUGAGAAAGUUGAUGUUGAUUCUGAUGAAGAAGAGGGAGAAAUCACUGAUUGAAAUUUGAAUAUUUUGUGGAAAUUAGAAAGUGUAUGUGUUCUUAAAUAUAUAUGUUUAAGUUUGUUUAGGUUUAAAUGUAACAAUGCUGUUGGGGUAGUAUUCGAUUUUGUGGCAGCAUGUUGAUGUUAUGAAUGGAUUUGUGAUUGUAAGGUUAAGGUUAAGGUAGGUGUUUGAUGUUUUAAUAGCAUCUAUGUUUAUAUAUUUAUUGUUGUUUCUAACUAUAUGUGGGUCUUAAU